GCUGAAAUCCACGAGACUACACGGUGUGCUUGUAUAAAUCCGCUAUUUGAGUUCUCAAGUGCGUCAUUUCACAUAUAAUAUCCUGUCAUGGCGGCUCUGCUUGUGAAGAAGUGCGCGUCCCCGGUUAUUGUCAAAACGCUUUCAGCUCCUCAGUUGUGGAUGCAAUGUGGGUAUCACAAAAAGGUUGUGGACCACUAUGAGAACCCAAGAAAUGUAGGGUCUUUGGAUAAAAAUGCCAAGAAUGUGGGCACAGGGUUGGUUGGUGCCCCUGCUUGUGGAGAUGUGAUGAAACUGCAGAUCGAGGUGGAUGAGGGUGGGAAGAUUGUGAAUGCCAAGUUCAAAACCUUUGGCUGUGGUUCUGCUAUUGCUUCCAGUUCCUUGGCUACUGAGUGGGUAAAAGGCAAAUCUAUUGAUGAAGCCCUCAAGAUAAAAAACACUGAGAUUGCUAAGGAGCUUAGCCUUCCACCAGUCAAACUGCACUGCUCAAUGCUGGCUGAGGAUGCCAUUAAAGCAGCUUUGGCAGACUACCGUCUGAAACAGGAAGGGGAACCGGGUAAGAAGACCACCAUGGCCCGCAACUAGGACGCGCACUUGAUCCUCUGUUGUAAUAAAUCUCACCUUGUGAGUUUAGACCAAAGCUCUCCAUCUCUUGCACUGUAGCCAGUCUAUUAAACGCACAAUGUAAAAGAACCAACCAAUAUACUGUUACUGUUCAAGCCAUAUUUGUUUAGAUAUAUUAAUGUAGUGAAAAAAAGAGUGUAAGUGGUUAUACUUGCGAGCUAAACACGCACACAAAGUUAUCUUAUUGUAUUAUUUUAGUUUGAUGGAAUAAAAAUGUUCUGAAUAAAAACAAUUCUGAUGAUGA